AAAGGAAGUGUCCAAGCAAGUUUGGAGAGAGGUUCUCCAGGGACAUGGGUGAAGCAAUGAACUUGUUCGCUGGAGUGGCGUUGCAUCAGAUCAAGCAUAGUAAAGUCGAAACUGAUGUCAUAAGGUUGAAAGAGGGUGUCAAUUUAUAAAGGUUGUAAGUGCCAAACGUUGCAACUCGAAACGUUGUAAGUCAAGGACGGCCUGUAUUAUUUUCCACCUAUCUGUGCAAACUCACGCUACCACAGUUGUCAAAAUGCACACGACAUGGUGGGAAAUUGAAAAAAUAGACAGUGUUAGUGCAUGCUGCUUCUCCUCUCUGCAGUCCUCUCAAGGAAUUCCGUUUAUGUGAAAUUAAAAUUUCAGACUUUUAUCAGUGUUUCAUGUUGACGUUAUCUUCCCGAAGAAUUAAAAAGGUGGCAAACCUGGGUUUUGUACCACAGAAAUCUCCUUGGAGCUGUGAGACAGCAAUAAAUAUAUGAUAUAGCGCAUUCAGUGUAGAAAAAAGCUAAGAUUUGAAAUAAAAGGCUGGAUUCCCACGCUAUUGCAUGCAAAUCACAGCCACGGGCUCCACUGUGUUUUGGAAGGGUCACUGUAGUACAUUCAGAAUUAUUGAGGAAGUAUUGUGUCUUGUUAUAUUUACACUUUGUCCAGUUUGUGAAUUCUAGUAUAAAAUGUUUUCUGUUCUCAUUAUGCCACUGAAAUUGGUUUUCCCAAAGUACAGUAACAGUAUGAGCCUUGUACUUUGCAAGUGUAAGCAUUAAUCUGCAAGUGAGUGGAAAUUGCCAACAAAUGUGUUCAUUACUCCAGGUGGGAGGAGGUGCAAGUGGCAAAGGACUGGAGCACUUGUUAAAAUUGGUAGAAUAAGUAGGAAUCAGAACCGAUUACACUUGCAAGUGUUUUAACUUUCCAAAAUGCAAGCAGAACGGUUGUGUUUGGCAUCCUGCACAGACUAUCUCCAGCUGCCCAGUCAACAACAUCUGGAUGUGACGGAUUCCAAGAAGUGCUUCAGAGGAGUACCUGCAAGCUGAUUUUAUAUAUGGGGGCAGUGGGGAGGUUGGAGGUGCAGUAGGUUUCUUCCUGACCUCUUUGGGUGUUCAGCUGUGAUCCUGAAGCAUGAGCUUUGAUUAUAAUGACUUGUCUUAAUGAAGAACUGCAAGUGUCAUGAGUGCAUUGGGAGCCGCGCAGGUAACCCCAACAGUAACUGUAUUCUGUUUUUAAAACUAUGCUGCGCACACAGUUUUGUGAUCAAGGCAUGAGGUUGGGAGCUGGGGGAUCUGAGCUUGCUUUUUCUGAUCCCAUAGAUCCCCUUUCAUGAAGGAACAAGUGACUUUAUUUCUUUCUUCCUCUGCAAAAUGGAUGCAAUGCUUAGUUGCUAUAGUGGGUUGACAUCCUUGCAUAUAAACUGUGCAAGCAGAGCAAAAUAAAUUGCCUUUUUCCCUCUGAUUUGUUUUGCUAGAAGUUCCAUGCCUCUCUCUCUCCCUCUCUCUCUUUCUCUCUCCAGGUCUGGAAAUGCAGAGACGUGAGAGAACGAUGAGUGUGUAUCAACAAAUAAAAGUGCUCUUAAUCAAAAAUGUCCGGAUCCAAUGGAGAAUGAAAAAGCAAAGCUUUCAGCCUGCAAGAACUAAUAAUGGAAUAAGUGGGCUCACUAAUAUUAAAGGAAGUACAGACAUUUUGUUACCAGGAAAGGAGUCCAUUUACAAUAAGUGGAGACAGAAUGGCUUAAGUUUGAAGACAUAACUCUAUCUGAACCACAGCAAUGGGAUCUCAAUGCUAGCCUAUGCUCUGCAACUUGCACUCUUCCAAAAAAUCCCCCCAAAAACAAUUUAAAAAUGCACUGGUUUGACAGUAGGUGUCAGUGCAGUAUUCUUGGAGUGUCAUGGGAGGAAAAAUUCACAGCUGAAGGCAUUAGAAAAAAGACAGUGCAUCCACAAGCACCACUAAGAAACAGAGGCUUGCUUGGCCUGGGCACCUGCUCAAACUACAGACACCUCACCUGGCACGACAAAUACAGGCAUGUUUGGUCAGGGAAACCUUAAGACACCACAAACAACGAUCUUAAUGAGCUAGUAAUCCAACGGCAUGAGAUUGUUGACCUUGCAGCAGAUUGUAAUACCUGGAGAUCAUUAGUUGCUCCCUUAUGUCAUGUGGAAAAAGAGCACUGCCUGAGCCACUCCACUUCCACGGUAGUUUGAUGUCCUGGGGAGACCUUCCCAGCUGAGAAAAGUGUGCACUGUCCAACAAGGGAAAAGCUAUUCUCCCAUGCAGAGCAAGAGUGAGGCCUGGCUUUCUCCAUUACUGCUUUCAGAAGAUUGGAGGAUUAGACUGGAAGAUUUUGCUCUACAAGUCAAUAAAAACCUCAAUUGUGCCAAUAAAAGGCUUUCAUUGUUCUUCACUGACAAGUUGCAUUUUACUACUCUUUCCUGAAGUGUAUUGCCCCGUGUUUCAUAAUCAGACUGCAACGUUUUUAUCUGAUGUGGGAAGUUAAAGUGUGUUGGCUCUUCUUCGGUUUUGAAUAAAAAAUGGGGGAUUGGCUGCUACUUGAGAAAGCUGCAGAAGCAAAGACUUGACUUAGAAACUUUUGUCUGUACCAUCCUUGUGAGAGAUUUCUGGGUACGAACUUGUUUCCAGCGGAAGGAGCUCAGCAGCAAGUUCCCAAGGUCGUGGGGCAAGGAGAAGAGGUGCAGGGAGAGAGCAGUCGGGACAACGGUCACAUUAUUGAAACACUUUUGGCAGCAUGGCAAAGAAACAUGGCUGUGUCUCUAGAGCUACCCGCCAAGAAAACUUGCAGAAGGUUUUAUUUGUUCCCCUUGCAUUUUUAGAAAGUUUCUUAGUUUAGAACCAGUGGCAGUUUCCUUCCUCAAUCGACGGUUUCCAGGGGGCAAGAUUACUUUCAUUUCUCUCUUUCUUGCACCCACCUGUCUGUGCUGACUGAAGAGCAGAGUGAUUGAUUUUUUCUGGAACACGUGGAAUUUCAAAAAUACUGGAAAAAACCCAUUAUUUCCGGCAAAGAAAGACCCAUGGUUACAUUUUCAUCUGUGACAAAGGCUUGACUCCAUCUCCCUUGGGUUAAUACCAUCUGUCACAUAUCCUCCCCUCCAACACUGUUAACUUUGCAAUAGCAAUAGUUACUGUAUUAGCCUACAUAAUUUUGACUGCUUCUGUGUCUCUGAUAACUUAGCUGGAAACCAACGUUGCACUAGAGGACUUGUGCCAGGGAAACUUGCCCUGACUUGUGAAAAAGGUGGGGACGUCCUAUAUGGUGCAGCUUACAGAUCAAGCUGGGAAAUGCAUUUAAACUGUGGCAUUCAGGAAAUCAACUUGCUGUUUUCCUUUGCUUUAUGUCCAGAUGGGAAGAAGGGAGGGAGUUUUCCGGUCUGGGGUUAUCGUACAAGAAAUCAGUUAAAAGCUUUUGUCUGUACAAUACUUUGCCAACAAAAUUGUUGUCCUCCAGAAGUAAGUGCUGCUUAAUGCAUCCAGAAGCAUAAUCAAGUUUAGAAAAGACAUCUUGGGAUUUUCUUUAUCCUCCGCCUCUUCUCUCUCCUGUUUUACACUCAGUGUCCCAAGAGUUUCCUGGAAGCUCAACAACAACAUGCUCUGUAUUAGCGUUAUAUGAGAUAAAGAGUUGUGGAGGACUGCCAAGAAGAAAGGCUCUCGGGGUUCGGCCAAUAAGAAGCAGAGCGGUCAUGUAAUGCGAUGCUUUUUGGCAAAUGCACAAAAAGGAGGGGGAGAGACCUGCGCACAAAGCAGCACUUGGAGUCAUCACUGUGUCUGUAAAUAUAUUCCCGGCAAACUACAUAUUUUGGGGUUGUUUUCCCCUGAUAUUAGAAGGGGAAAAAAUUCUCAAUUCCUCUCAAAACUUUUCCCUUAAGAUUUCCUGCUUUUCAAAUCCAUCACAUUAAACAGAUACAUCAACAUCUAAAAAUCAGUGACUCAACAAGCAAUGCUGGACUGUCAUGCUAGAAAUGUGGAACUUGCAAGCUCAGAGCCUUUCUUUCUAACGGACAGUAUUUACAUUCUGCUGCAGUUCAUCAGCCCUAUAGAGAGGCUCAACAAUGUUUAAAAAACAUAUGGAACGAAGGAUGAGAAACCUACUUUAUUCCAGGAGAGGCAUUAGGACUGGUGGGGCUCAAUGGAGCUGGUAAAAGCACAGCUAUACAUAUGAUCACUGGAGAGACCACGCUGAGCACUGGACAGGUGUUCUUGGAGCUCUCCCUGGAGCAAGAGAAACACGACUUUGAUCUGGAGUUGGAUGAAAACAUGAAUUCAAACAACUUCAGUGGGAAGAGCCCUCAAGAUUUAUGAAGUGAAGUUCGUUGGCUCGUCUACAAAAGGUAUUUAGUAAAUUCCCUUUGAGACUGGAAAGAGAGUGGUUGUCUUGUAAGAAACGUACACCUGCAGUUAAUCAGACAUGCAGGAACUUCGGAGAAAAAGGAGCUUGUAUCAGCAAACUAAAGUUCUCCUAUGGAAAAAUGUACUUAUCAAAUGGAGGAUGAAAAAACAGAGCCUGCAAGUAAAAGUACUUUUGAUCCAUACUGUCAAGAUGUACCUUAUGCUUCCCUUGGGCAAUUAGAUGACCUGACUUUUAAUACUACAUCGGCCAAUGUUGUUUAUACACCAGCGAACAGUACCGCAAGGCUUAUAAUGAAAAAUGUGGCUUCCAAAUCUCUCCUGGCAGGUGUUCUUGGACCUUUCCCGAGAGCAAGAGAAGGACAACUUCAAUCUGGCUUUGGAUGGAAAUUAUGAUUGGAAACAUCUUAAUCAGGAAGAGCCAUAAAAAUAUUAAUUUCUUUCAUUUAUGAUUUAAUCAGUAUUUUUAAUCUUCAUAAUUUGACAGCAUGCAUAUUUUCUAUCAGUUGAAUGCGAUCAUGUCAGUAGCAAGAUGUCUGGCCUGUAGCGCUGCAGCUUUUAUAUUUUUGGGAGAGAAAAUAUCUUUCCCAAAUGUAUGUUCUCUUUUCAUGGAAGUUUGUCUUUAAUAGGUUAAAUAUGUGGAUAUUCUUAAGAUAAAUAGCUUUGAAUAUCCUAAGUAGCAAAUGAAGAACAAGUCAGCAAACUUACAGGUGGGCUCUGAAGAGGAUAUGGGUUUGGAAUCAUCCGUUGAAUGAAACCAAGAACAGAAAAGGAAGACCUUUUUAGGGCCUUAUUUAAAAACAUUCCCAAUCUCCACCAUCCAAAUGUGACUCUGAGCCUGAAUUGUUAAUUAGUGGAGCUCUGUCAAUGGAACAACUCCAGUGUACUCGCACUUGAGAAACUGCCCUCCAUUUUUAGAAGUAGUAUGCAAACUGUGCAACCUAUAUGUUGUGCUCGAUUUGACCCUGGGGCACUUAAGUAACUAGUCAAAGAAGCAUCUGUAUCAUUAGCAACUGCAUUUGAGAAUUGAUAGAGCACAAAGGAGGUCCCAAACAACUAGAGAGGAGCAAUACGGUACCUAUCUUUAUGAAGUAGGGGAAAGGAAGACUCUAGGAUUCAUAGAUCUCUCUUUCUAUCUGCAAUAGCUGAACCUUAUUAUUAUAAAGUCAGUUUGCCAAGACCAAACUGUUACGCUUAUGAAUUUUGUGGAUAACAAGCUGAGAGAGGUAACAGACAUUUUUGUCAAUAGGAUUAUCCCCAGACUAUUGUAUCAUACAUCAUGCCACUCGACUUGGCACUGGUGAGACCUCAUCUGGGCCCCACACUUCAAGAAGGAUAUGAACAGAUUGGAAAAUUCCAGCGGAGAGUGACAAAAAUGAUUAGAGGUCCAUGAAGCAUGACUUAUGAAGAAAAGCUGAACUAGUGUUAUUUAGUUUGGAGAAGAGAAGACUGGAGAGCAGGGGGGGUUGGAAUUUGAUAUGAGACUUCAAAUACCUGUAGGGCGGUUAUAAAGAGGGUGGAGACUGGCUUUUCUCUGUGGUCAUAAGAGACCGAACAAGGAGCGAUGGCCUCAAGCUGCAGCAGGGGAAAUUAUGAAACUUUUUGGUGAUGAGGUUGGUCAAGCAUUGCAACAGGCGACCUAGAGAAGCUGUGGGAUUUCCAUCCAUGGAAAUUUAAGAGCAGGUUAGGCAGCCCCUUGGCUGGGAUGGUUUAGUCAGGGAAGUUCUUGCUAAUGACCUCACGAGGUCCCUUCCAGCACUACUUUACUGUGAACUUAUACAACCAGUAUGGCUAUAUUAGUGUAAGCCUCUUAGAUGGCUAGUAUGUAAAGUUUGUAAAGAUUUUGUCAUUGGCUAAGAGGCAUCAGCCUGAAAGACAGAAACUCAAUAUUCACAGGACAGGUUGAGUGUGAGGGUUGGCAAGUUGGGGCGGGGGGGAUGUCCUCUGUAAUCCUCAGCUGGACGGUGGGUCUUAGAAAUCAGUGAGACUCAGCACACUUGAACGUGAAGUCAUUUCUAAGGGCAACAAUGGCUCAGCAAUAAAAAAACAGGUUUUUACUGGCUGAAUACAAAAAUAAAUGGAAAACUGUAUUUUAAUAUAAAUAUGCUAUAGGCCAAUAUUUCUAUGCAUGCCACUUUAUGGGAUCUGAUUAGAGAAUAUCCAAAUAUUGGUCCAGAUUAUCCAUUUGCAGAGAAAGAGUCAAUUGACAGUACACUGGCUCUCUUCCCUAGUUCUGGCCCACCUCGGACCCAGGCUGGUUUACUCUGUCCGGUUGGCCAAAAACAUUGCCAACUGCUGUUGCACAGAAGUGCAAAAGUACUGAAGCGAAAACAAAUAUUAUCUUGCAUUUGGUCACGUGAAACAACUUCCUGAUUUCAGUCCGUGCAGUUUUCCAGAGGAACGGCCUUACAGUUUUUAUCCUCAAGGAAUAUGAACCACAAAACUGAAUAAUGAUUAUGAACAAGGUCACUGUUUACAUUUUUUAAGUUUGUUAUUUUUAUUCUCAAACCUCUGGAUUUUAGACUUGACUUUGCCAUAUGAAUAUAUAUCUAUCUAUCGCAAAAAGCAAGCAUCCAAGGUUCCAGCAGUACUAUAGUUACCGUGCACACCUUUCUCCCUAAAAGCAGCCUCCCAAAAUUGGGCUGUGCGUCUUAAGUAGGGAAGCUGAUUCUUCUUUGCUGGAGUAGAAGAAAGCCUGGAGACACCAGUAAGCUGCCAAGACAGCUUCCAUUUGUCUAUGGCUCAUCAAGAAGGGGCAUGAUCCUGCGCUAACCACCUCACAGCCAUGGCUGUUGGCUGAGCACUAUAGCUUGUGCCUGAAACAGCAAGGGAGCUCUUGCAUGCAGUCUGUGUCUUGAUGAGACUUGUGGUGCAGAAACAGUCCUUUCUUUAUACAAGUUCCUGUAAAGAACUAUUUACAAUAAAGAUGUAACAGAAUUGUUAUUGCCCCCUUGCAAGGGUCUGAAGCCUAACCUUGUGUGGCACAGGGUAUGUCCUCCUAGAAACAUAAAGUGUCCAGAAAGUGUGUCAUCCCACAAGGCAAUCUGGGUGAGGCAGCCAGAAGUUCCCAGGACAUCCUGUGUUCCCAAAAGGACUUACUUUAUGUCACAUAAUCAGCCAUGACUCUGGGACAAAUCUUUUUUUUGCUCCAUUCUGCCUUCCAAAUACAAGUAGGUGUCUUAUUUGGGUGUGAUAUGUAAGACAACAUGACCUUAAACAUUACAACAAAAUAUACUGCAUUGCAAACCUGUUAAGAGAUAUGAGCAUUGAUGAGGUGGAAAUUUGUUCUUUCAAAAUUAUCAGCCAUCUUUGUUGCUCAUAUGAUAAUCAGAAAGAUCAUGUUCUCUUUCAGAUAGUUAUACUAUGUUCUCUUCUCAUUUCCUUUUCCUCUAUUAUCCAGGAGUGGAUCCUGACACUACUUUUUCUUUGCUUGCUGUACUUGGUAGUAUUACAUCCUUCACACGAUUGCUGGGGCCCUUCAGGCCUGGGGUUUGGCCUUUGUGCUUAGCUUAAGCUGCGUGCUUAGCUGGAACUGUGGUCAAAACAUGCACCCAGUGAAAAGGAGCAGAUGGAAAAAUACUGUUUCCUAUUUGGCAGACAGAAGCAAGAUUAUUAAUAUGCAGUAAGAGUUGUGGUUUGUCUGUGACCUGUGAAUGGAUGCGAUGUCUAAAAUGUACUUCUGAAUAGCCUGGGUCCCUCCCUGAUAUUUUUUCAGUAAAAAAAAAAAAAAGCCUUCACCAUAAAGAUAAAAGAAGAUUCCUGCUUUUGCUUUUCUAUCUAGAGUAAAAAAUGCAGACACUUCAGAGAAAGAAGAGCAUGUACCAGCAAACUAAAGUUCUCUUAUGGAAAAAUGUGCUUAUCAAAUGGAGGAUGAAGAAAAAAAGCUUUCAGGAAUGGAUCCUCUCAUUACUUUUCCUUCCUGUUGUGUACCUAGUAGCAUUGCACUGUUCUUUUCCUUCAAUUGAUGAAAUACCUCACACUUUCCUCGGACGCUUAGAUGAUCCUGCCUUCAAUGCUACUGAGGUUACAGUUGCCUAUACCCCAGUGACAAACACUACGAGACAAAUAAUGAAUAAGGUGGCAUUUGACUCUGUCAUGAAAGGUAUAACAACAGAAGCGGUAGAAGAUGAAAAAGCCCUGGAAACAGCAUGGGCUGAGAAUGAAAGCAUUGUAGGGGUUGUAUUUGAAGAUGACUUUUCCUAUCGCCUGAGGUUUGCUUCCAGAUAUGUGGCUAUUCCAAAUGAAAACUUGGGGGAUGUAGAUUCCUGUUACAAUUUUUCUGGAAGUUACUGUGAAAGCCCAAGAUACUGGUACAACGGAUUUGUGUCUUUGCAGUCCAGCAUUGAUGCCGCCAUCAUAGAAGGCACAACAAGUCAUUCUGUCUGGGAAGAAAUGAAAUCCAUUGCUGGUGUCCGUAUGAGAUCAUUAAACAUCACGCCUACAAUAACAGUGGAGUAUUCAUUUAUCUUGAUUACUCUUGUAAUGUGUUUCUCUCCCUUUAUGCACUUUUUGGCACUAAAUAUGACAAGCGAAAAAAGAAAGCACAAGGAAUUGAUGAAGAUGAUGGGGCUGCAGGACUCGGCAUGCAGGCUCUCCUGGAGUUUGCUGUAUGCCAUCAAUAUUUCGAUUAUGUCCUGUGCAUUGACAGCUAUCUUUUUUAGUGAGUUUUUCCUCAUGAGCAGUUUCUCUGCUGUCUGGCUUCUGUUUUUCCUUUAUGGCAUCUCAUCCAUCCACUUCAUCUUCCUGCUCAGUUCCCUCUUAAAGAAACAUAAAACCACUGCCAACGUUGGGUUCCUCCUCACCUUCGCCUUUGGAUUCCUGAGUCUUAUUGUACUGCUGACAAAACUCCCCGCACCUUUGGAAUGGGCUUUGGGACUCCUCUGCCCCUUUGCUUUUAAUGUGGGAUUUGCAAAGAUUUUUCAUUUAGAAAAAUAUGGAAUAGGUUUCUCUUUUUCUAACUUGAUGGAGGAAUCACACGUUUUAUUGAAAACUUACAUAAUACUGAUUCUUGAUGCCAUUUUGUAUAUGGUGCUGGCUAUCUAUUUUGACAAAGUUUUGCCUGACAAAUAUGGAAUACCAUAUCCCCCUUUAUUCUUCCUGAAAUCAUCGUACUGGUCCAAAAGCAGGAGAGAUUACACUGGUGAGAGACCUGAGAUUGAACAGAACCGGGAACGUAUCUUUAACGAUAAUAUGGAGCGAGUGCCUCCAGACUUUGUUGGGAAGGAAGCCAUCAGACUCAACAAUAUUAAAAAAAUAUAUGGAAAGAAGGACCAGAAAGCAGAAGCUCUCAGAGGUUUGUUCUUGAAUAUUUAUGAAGGCCAAAUCACUGCAUUGCUGGGUCAUAGUGGAGCUGGAAAAACUACUUUGCUAAAUGUGCUGAGUGGAUUUAUCAAGGCUUCAGAUGGUUCAGCCACCAUAUACAACUACCACUUGUCUGAAAUAGGAGACAGAGAGAGAAUAAGAGAGAGGAUUGGGUUCUGUCCACAAUUCAACAUUCAGUUUGAAGUUUUAACGGUGAAAGAAAAUUUGCAAAUUGUUGCUGGACUCAAAGGGAUCCAGUCCACUGAGGCCAAACGUGAGGUUCAAAAUAUUUUGACGUUGUUGGAUAUGACCAGCAUUCAGGACAUCCAAGCUGAUAAACUGAGUGGCGGGCAAAAAAGAAAAUUGUCUCUUGGGAUUGCCAUGUUAGGAGAUCCACAGGUUUUGCUUCUAGACGAGCCAACUGCUGGGCUAGAUCCAUGUUCUAGGCAUCAGGUGUGGACCCUGCUGAAGGAACAUAAACCUGGUCGAGUGACUCUGUUCAGCACCCAGUUUAUGGAUGAGGCUGAUGUCCUAGCUGACCGCAAGGCAUUUAUCUCCUGUGGAAGGAUAAAGUGUGUUGGCUCAUCUCUCUUUCUAAAGAAAAAAUGGGGGAUUGGCUAUCACUUAAGGAUGCAUGUCAGUGAGCACUGUGACUCUGAGAGGAUGUCAUCUCUGGUCAGAGAGUAUGUGCCUAAUGCCACAUUCUCAGGACAGAGUGAAAAUGAACUAAGGUAUAUUCUGCCAAUGGAAAAUGUGGAUAAAUUUCCAGAUCUGUUCUGUAGCUUAGACAGCCAUUCUGAUGAAGGAAUUGUUAAUUAUGGAGUUACCAUGACAACCCUGGAAGAUGUCUUCAUGAAACUGGAAGGUGAAGAUCAAGAAGGAGAUGGGCAGGCAGAAGAGGAAAGAGAGACUUUCUCUGCUGAUGAAGUGGAAGAAGGUCUUCUGUCGUUCUCAGACAUGGGAAAAGCAACUGUAAGCGGCACAACUCUCUGGAAGCAACAAGUCUGUGCCAUAGCACGAAUGCGCAUCCUAAAGCUUAAGACGGCAUAUAAAACCUUGCGGAACCUAUUACUUCUCUAUCUGACUUUUAUGCUCCCUCUGAUUUUGGAACUGAUCUUCAUAGAGGUGUGGCACGUAAUAAAUUCUUGGGAAUUGACUUCUGGUCUGUAUUUCCUUCCUGUUGGAAAGAAGUCUGACAAGGACUACAUGAACCUCCUAGUCCUCAAUGAAACAGGCUCCAGCAUUGAGAACUUUGUCCGUGCUAUAGAGAAACAGAAAAUAAUGUUGGAUGUAACUACUGGAAAAAAUAUCACAGAGGAGUUAAUACACAAUGGGGCUAUAAAAGUAUCUCGUGAGGACCAGAGCUACAGGUUUACAAUAAUGUGUCACCUGGAGGUAACCAACUGCUUCCCCAUGCUUGUGAAUAUCAUUAGCAAUGCGCUGCUGGGAACCUUCAAUUCCACUGAGCAUAUCCGAAUCUGGAAUCAUCCUUUUUCUCAUAAACAUGGAGGAAUGUUCUGGAAUUAUUUUUUCCUGAACUACUUUUUCUUUUGGUUGGUUUUAUUUCCUGCUUUCCCACCUUACUUUGCGAUGAACCACGUAGAGGAUUACAAGAGGAAAGCUCAUUCUCAGCUGCGUGUCUCUGGGCUCAUCCCAUCAGCUUACUGGUGUGGGCAGGCACUGGUGGACAUUCCUCUGGCCUGGAUCCUUCUUAUCCCCAUGUAUGGGAUACUACUUUCACUGAGUUCUCAAACUCAGCGGUAUCCUGGUACCCUGCUCGUUUUGUUUAUAGGACUUUUUGGAUAUGGAGCUUCUCUCGUCCUGUUCCUUUAUUUAAUUGCCUUCAUAUUUCGCAAGGGGUGCAGCAGCCAUAUUUUGUCCUUUACUCUCGUAAUGGUAACAUUUGCUGUCUACCUCUUUGGUUUAUUCAUGUUUCAUACUGAAGAUAGAAUUGUUCAUUACGUUCUGUCCAUUUUCCUUCCUAUAUAUCCAUUAUUUGGCCUUUGCAUCACAACUUUAUAUGAUGUUGCAGACUUUCCUGAACCCUUUUUUAAAACCAGCUGGCCGGAAAUACUGAUAUCUGUGUUUGGACCUUACAUCCAGUGUGUGGCUUUCGUUUUUCUUCUUCGAUAUUUGGAAAUGAAAUAUGGAAGAGCUGUUUUGAGAAAGGAUCCGAUUUUUAGGUUUGUGCCAACACAUACCCUCAGGGGGCACGCACACACAUGUGAGCUCAUAUACCAUACAGCCUUUUCUCCAAAACAAAAUGUUCACAAAAAUUCCUCUCUCUUGUUCAGUGCAGGGGAUGGGCAGUCAGUGAUACAAGAACAAGAAGAACCGAGUUAUUCUCUUGUAUUUCAGAAGCUGGGACAGAGGAGGGCUGAGCUAGUAAGGCAGGCAAUAGCAUCUCAGAAUCAGAAGGAGAAGCCAGUUGUUAUUGUCAACAAUCUGCGCAAGGAAUAUAAGGUCAAGAAAGCCAGUGCUGUUUUUAAGAAAAAGAAGAAAGUGGCCACCAAAAAUGUCUCUUUCUGUGUUAGAAGAGGAGAGGUAUUAGGACUGCUGGGACCCAACGGAGCUGGAAAAAGUACAACCAUAAAUAUGAUCACGGGAGACACCGCGCUGAGCGCCGGGCAGGUGCUGGCGAAGGGGAAGGAUGCAGCUGGAUCUCAACUGGAAGCCAGCAUCCCUGGCUUCCUGGGCUACUGCCCUCAGGAGAACCCUCUCUGGCCAACCCUGACUGUGCAGGAACAUCUGGAGGUUUAUGCAGCUGUGAAAGGGCUGAGGAAAGAAGAUGCUGCUGUCGCCAUCAAUCGGAUGGUGAAGGCUCUGGAGCUCCAGGAGCAUUUAAAAAAAGAAACCAGGACAUUAUCCGCUGGCAUAACAAGAAAGCUGUGUUUCAUCCUGAGCAUGCUGGGUAACCCAACAGUUAUGCUCUUGGAUGAGCCAACCACUGGAAUGGACCCUAAAGGCCAACGUCAAGUGUGGAAAGCAAUUCAUGCUGCACUGAAGAACAAGGAGCAAGGGGCUAUUUUGACAACCCACUACAUGGAGGAGGCUGAGGCAGUGUGUGACCGGGUGGCCAUCAUGGUGGCUGGAGAGCUCCGGUGCAUUGGCUCCAUUCAGUACCUGAAAAACAAGUUUGGCAAAGGUUACCUACUGGAAAUUAAAGUGAAUGACCCUGAGCAAGUCGAUGAACUCCAUGCCAAAAUGCUGACGAUCUUCCCACAAGCAGCUCGUCAAGAGCGGUUUCCUUCUUUGCUGGUCUACAAGAUACCAAUGGAAGAUGCUCUUCCUCUGUCCCAGGCUUUCUCCAAGCUCGAGGCAGCCAAACAAACUUUCGGCUUCGAGGAGUACAGCUUCUCUUUGAACACCUUGAUGCAGGUGUUCUUGGAGCUGUCUCGAGAGCAAGAGAAGGAAAAUUUUGAUCUGGCGUUGGAUGGAAAUUAUGAAUGGAAACAACUUCAGCCAGAAGACAUUUAGCCACGUUAAAAUGUUUCCUAUUUAAUCAAUUUUAAUCUUUAAGGUUUGACUGUCUAUCAGUAUAAUAUGGUUAUCAGCGCAGCAGGUAUUGCAGCUUCUGUACUUUGGACAAAAGAAUUAUUUUUUUCUAAUUUAGGUUUCCCUUUUAAGGAAAGAACAUUUUGAAAUAAUAGAAGUGUUACUGUUCUCAGGAUGACAUGGUUUGCAUAAAAGAGGUAGUAAAGAAUACAUGGGAAAUGAAAAACAAAUUUUACAGAUGGAAUUGGAAUAAAAUAUGAAAUAAAACAAUGGAAAUGAAAAGUUACCUCUCUGUAGAGAUAGCCUUGUAGUAUAAUUAAGUGUAUCCUCAAUCCCACCCUCCAAAGGAUACUUUAGGCCUACAGAUCAUAAAUCAGCAUGCCUCAUCAACAGAAGAAUUUCCCUUUACUCCAUCAAAAGAUCUGCCCUUCAAUCUGACAAGUAUCAUAUUAACCUUAGAGAGCCUAUGUCAUGUUUGACAUUACCAUAACAUUUCUAAGAAGCCGUCUCUGAACCAUUAGCUAUUAUUUUUUAAAGCUCCUGGAGGACCAGGAGAAGUCCUAGAUAACUAGAAAAGGGCAAACAGAAUACCUGUUUUUAAAAAAAUUAAAAAAGAAAACUUAAGAAAUUACAGGAACAAAUUAUUAUACGAGAACAAAUUAUUUUUAAAAUAUGAUAAUGAGGAGCUCAAACAAGCAACAUGUAUUUGUCAAGACCAAAUUGUGUUGAAUUCAUCUAAUUUCCUCCUUUGACAGGGUAAUAGACCUAGUGGAUAAGGGAGACGCAAUAGAUGUGAGAGAUCUUGCCUUUAGCAUGGUUUUUUUCCAGAUUCCAGAUGACAUUCGUAUAAGUAAACUACGGAAAUGUGGUCUCAGAGAAAUCAUUUUGAGGUGGAUGCACAACCAAUGGAAAAAAACUCACUCAAAACACCUCUUUAUGGUUCAGUAUCAAACUCAGAAGACAUUUAAGUGGAGUCCUACAAGGGUUGACCUGGGCCGAGUACUAUUCAAUAUUUCCAUUAAUGACUUGAAUGAAAAAGAGUCCACUUAUGACAUUUGUGGAUUAUCAAUGGAGAGUUGGCAAUCAUUAUGGAAGACAGGAUAAGCCCCGAGCUAUCCUGACAUGGGCCUGGGCCAGAGCUAGGGAAGUGAAUCAGGAAGCCAUACCUUCAUUUGUAAUGGUGCCUACAAUAUGCACACUUUUCUGUGCUCAGUGGAAACUAAGUAUAUCAGAGAUCCUGUACCAAUAUUUUAAUAUUUUCUGUUUGUUUCCCACUAAGCAAUAUGUAUAGAAAUACUCGUGUAAGACAUCUGUGUUCAGAUACAUUUUGUCUAAGGUUUUUACUCUAUUUUUGUACUCUUGCCAAUAAAAGUCUGCUUUUAUUGAAACCCAA